UAUUUCUAAUUUUCAGUUUUCCCACAAUUUUCUGUGCACGCUACCUCGUCUCUCUCAUCGCUUCUCUCACCUUCGCCAAAUAGGGCUUCAAUUCUGUUGAGUGGGAUUUUCUACCAUGGGCGUGUGCUGCUGAAGCAAAACUUUUCUACCAUGGGCGUGUACUGCUGAAUAAGAUUUCAAUCGACUGAAAAUCUGAAUGAGGUUUGCGCUAUCAUAUGUCUUCUCCCAUAUGGUUUCAGAAUCUAUUCAACCAUUCUUCAAUGAUGCUUGGGGUAGAUGGAAAGACUUUCCGUACAAUAUCAAGGAACAAAUAUGGAAUCAAUUUAGGUCGAAGUGUGCAUGGCAGCCAUGUUAUGAGAACAAAAUAAAUUUCAUUUUUGAGAAGAAAGCUCAUAAACGAGUUGCUGAUAUGUUGUUUGAAGUUCAAAAAAAUAAUGAGAAGCCCAGAUGGUUACGAGAAGAAAUAUGGCUUAAAUUGGAGAAAUGGAACACUCCUGAAUUUAAGAAGAAGUGUGAGCGAGCAAAGGCAGCUCCGGCCUCUGUAAAGGGAGGCUCUUUACACAUCGGAGGUUCUAUGAGUUUCGCAGCCCACCGACGAGAAAUGACAAAGUUAAAAGGUGAAGAGGUGUCUGAUGUUGAGGUAUUUGAGGAGACGCAUAAGAAAAGAAAUAAGGAUGGUACAGGGGGAGAAUGGGUAGAGUCACGUGCAGAGGAGACAUUUGUAAGUUAUAACAUUCACGUGCAGAGGAGACAUUUGUUGGAUUUCAAAGAAGCUUGGAUGAAUGGCGCAAACACAACCUACUUCCGAGGCUGGUUCCACAACCCAACUAUCAUAUGAUGAUAUUACAUCAAUAUGGACAAAUGUGGCAAGAGGUGUGUCGAAAGGUAGAGUUUACAGGCUUGGAGUACAACCUUCCUCGUAUCUUCCAUCACCAUUGUUGUCUGGUGCUUUUACUACUCAAUCUACGAAAGAAAUGGAAGCAAUGAGAAGACAGAUUUCAGAGUUGACAAAACGACUUCAAACAUCUGAAGCUAACUUUGCUAAAGUGCAGAAGUUCAUGGAGAAACAUAUGGCUGAAUAUGAUGAUGGUGAAGAAGAGACUGAUUUUGAUGAAGAGUAGAUUGUUUCUGACUAUUUAGAUAUUUUCUAUGAUAUUAAGACUUGUUUUAAACUAUUUACUUCCAUUUUGAAUAACAACUAAAUACUUAUUAGACUUGAUUUUGAUGAUGCUUGAACUUUUAGACUCAAUUAUAUUGAAUGAAAUUUGAAUGUUUAGGAAUGUAUUUGAUGUUUGGUUUUA